GCCGAAAAAACCUUUGUAGUUGACAGGCAAACAUGUCUUACGAAGAAGAGACCUCACAGGCUGCCAUCAACCGUGAAUUAUUCAGCGAAUCCGAGGAUGGAAUCUCUGACCUCGAUGAUGACAAUCAAGACAAUGAUCUUGGUAAUGAAGCCGGUAACACCGACACCACCAAACCGUAUGAUAAUGACAAUGUAGACGCUCCUUCAGCCCACGCAGUGCAAGACGACGACUACGACGAGGGAGAGGCAAAUGAUGGAGAAGAUGGCGAUUCUCAACCAGCCCCGCGUCCUAAACUUCCAUCGUUCAAAAAGCGACAGAGAGACGACAAUGAAGAGUCAGGCGAAAAAAUUGAUCUUUCUGAAGAAAUUAGAAUGCAAAAGCAAAAGAGAGCACGAACAGAAGACGACGUUGAAUCAGAGGAGCAAGGUGAAGUCGACCCCCAACAAGCUAUGCGGGACGAAUUGGACAGGGAGUUUGCACUUGCAUUGUCAUCUGGAAAACGAAAGAAGAAGAAGGUCGACGAAUAUGAAUUGGAAAAAAAUACAGAUGAGAUGAUGGCCACUUUGAGGGAUAGAAUGAAGGAUGCGGCAUACAAUGAUAUUGCUGCCAAUGAAGAUAAGCGACCCGCUAUAUCGAAGCUCAAGAUGCUGAACACCGUGACUGCUGCUCUUACCAAGACAAACCUGCAUGAACAAUUUUUAGAAAAUCAGAUCCUUGAAGCUAUCAAACUUUGGCUUGAGCCUCUGCCCGAUGGUUCUCUUCCAAGUUUAGAUAUUCAAAAUGACAUGCUGGACAUAUUGGCCAAGUUACCCAUACGCACGGAUAACUUGAGAGAGAGCGGUGUUGGCCGUGUCAUGUUCUUUUAUACCAAAUGCCCACGUAUUGAACCAAAGGUGAAAAGGGUGGCAGAUCAACUGGUUGCAAAAUGGAGUCGUCCCAUCUUACGCCGUAGCGCUGAUUAUCGCGAAAAAAGACUACAAACCAAAGAAUAUCACGAAGACGAUCGCAACUUUUAUCGACGACCUAGGUACACUGCACCAACAGAAGAAGAUGAAUCAGAAUCUAGCAACACUGUGCAUGCUAGAAUACCGCAAGCACUUGCCUCAGACUUUGAGAUUGUUCCACAAAGCACCGUGCGUGCCGACCGAAUGAAAGGAAAGAACGAAGGCAAAUUCAAGAGAUUGAAGGACACAAUGAGGGCCAUUAAAACAGGGCCCAAGAGGAUGACACCUAAAGUAUCCAUUGAAGGAAAAGGUGUGACUUGGUAAAUUCCACGUAUAUAGCCGGCAAUAACAAUUGGAUGUUCCACUGCUAUUUCUAACUCUAUCAAUAAAGCACUGUGUAAAAUAAUGAAAUAUUUGC